UCGGAACAGCAAGGUCGCGUCGCAGAUACCGUAAUGCCUAGUUGUCAGCCUUGCAGCCAAUCGGAUUGCGCCAAGUCACACCGAAGGAAGGAGUCUCCAAUAACACUGUCUUCAAUUCGUCCUGAAAUACAGGGAGAAUCUGUGGAUCUCCUGUAUGUGCAGAGCACUGACAAAAAUUUGAUGGUUCCUGUUGGUGGUGCAGUUGUAGCUGGCUUUUCCAAGGAGCUGGUUACCUCUGUUGCAGAGCUUUACCCUGGUCGUGCCUCCGCUUCUCCUAGCAUCGAUGUAUUCGCCACUUUGUUGUUUCUUGGCUGGUCUGGCUGGCAUGAUUUGGUAACCCAACGGGCUAAAACAUUUUCGCGCUUGCUCGCAGGCCUUCAUAUUCUAGCCACUUCGUCUGCCGACAGUCGUAUUUCUAGCUGGCGCUUGCUCGAAACACCUGAUAAUCAUAUUUCUAUUGCUCUCGCUUGGAAACUUAGUGAAGCCCUGAAUUCAAGUCCGGAAGGAAAACGUUGUUGCCAGCACCUAACCUUACUCGGUUCGCAGUUGUUUACACAGGGAUGUUCUGGCGUCAGGUAA